GAAUGCGUCAGGGCAACGAUGUAGGAGCGACCUAUCGAUCAGCCAUCUACACAUACACACAGGAGCAGCUUGAACAGGCUCUGGCCUCCAAAGAUGACUAUCAGAAGGUCCUGAUAGAGGGAGGCUUUGGAGAAAUCACCACAGAGAUAGCCGAGAACCAGGAGUUCUACUAUGCUGAGGACUACCACCAGCAGUACCUCAGCAAGAACCCCGGCGGAUACUGUGGCCUGAGCGGCACCGGAGUCUCCUGUCCAAUAGGACUCAAGAAAUAACCACCUCUGUCCAAUAGGGAAUGACCACCAACCUCUGAUUGUCUGAUUUUGACUAGGAAGUGUAAAUUCGCAUUUCCGCUUGCUCAUUGCAAAAUAAGUAUAUUUUCUAUUCCUUUAAAUGGAAGUCACCUUAAUUAUGAUGCAGUACUGAAGCAUAUUCAGGGUUUAUAUAAAAACAGUCCAUAUCUGAGUCUUGUAUUAAUUGAAAUAGUUUGGUAAUCAAGCACCACAUACAUAAAUGAAUGCACAUUCA